AUGGACUUUGCGCCCUACCAAUCCUCGCCCCCAGAGCACACCCGCUCGCCAAUGUCCUCCCCGCGCGCCUCCGCCGACAUCUCGCGCCGGCCCUUCUCGCCCUCGGCCAUCGCCUCCGUCGCGCGCAGCCCGCCCCCUCUGCAGCACCCGCAGCCGCAGCGAGCCUGGAGCGGCGACCUCGACGGCGCGGCCAGCAGGCACAGCGGCAGCAACAACGGCAACGGCGGCCUGUGGGGGUUCGGCAGCGGCAACAGCAGCGGCAACGGCACGCCGCUGGCCAUGCCCGGCGCAUAUCCCGCCGAGAUUAGCGAGUUCGACACGAGCCUGGGCCUGAGGCUGGAUUACGAGGCGAGCCUGGCGUAUCUGGCGUUUCCGCCCAUUGGGGCCGUGAUAUUGCUGAUCUUGGAGCGGAAUAGUGACUAUGUCAGAUUCCACGCCUGGCAAUCCGCCCUCCUAUUCACAGCCAUCAUGGUCUUCCACCUCCUCUUCUCCUGGUCCUCGUUCCUCAGCUGGAUAUUCUUCAUUGGCGACCUAGUCCUCAUGGGCUUCCUCGCUUUCAAAGCAUAUCAAGACGCAGAGAUACUCGAAAGGUUCGAGGUUCCCUUUUUCGGAAGUAUAGCCAGUAGAUGCCUAGAUGACGAGUAG